AUGACCAACGCGCGUCCUCCACGCGCGGCCAAGAGGAAAGCCGCGGCUGCAAUAAGCGAGCUGCUUCGCCCCGCCAGCAAGAAGCGCGUCGCGUUGGGAGACCUCACGAACGCCGCGGCCACGUCGGAAAAACCAGUUUCGCGGAUUUUCAACCGGGAAGGGCGAAAACUCGAAAAGGCAAACGCAGCGCAACCGAGUGGGCCCUACGAUUCCGACAUUUACGAAUACCUUCGCGCGUUGGAGGUGGCUCCUAGUACGCAACCGUUGGUGGAUUAUGUUGAGACGGUUCAGACGGUGGUGGAUGCUGAUGCGAGAGGUAAUGUGGUGAAUUGGUUGGUGAAAGUCGCAGAGGAAUGCAAGUUCCUUCCCGACACGCUUCAUUCUUGUAUCGCUUACAUCGACAGGUUUCUCUCGUUUAAUGCAUGUUCAAGACAGAGGUUGCCAUUGCUUGGGAUGGCAGCCAUGCUUGUUGCAGUGAAAUACGAAGAGGGUAGGAAACCUGUGGUUCAGAAGGUUUAUUACAUUGCGGGUAACACAUACUCCAAGGAGGAGGUUGUGAACAUGGAAGCUGAUAUAUUGAAGUCAUUGAAGUAUGAAUUGGGAAGUCCUACAGCGUUGACAUUCUUAACGAGAUUCUGCAAAGUUGGUCAAGAGGGUGUUGGUGCUUAUAGUAAGUUUGAGUGCCUUAGCAACUACCUUGGUGAGCUGAGUUUGUUGGAGUAUAGUUGUAUAAAGUUCUUGCCAUCUUUGGUGGCUGCAUCUGCUGUGUUUCUAGCAAGAUUCAUGUUAAGCACAAAGAAAAAUCCUUGGAAUUCUACUCUCCAUCAACUCACUAGAUACACACCCAGUGACUUGAAGGAAUGUGUUCUGAUCAUACAUGACUUGUACCUUAGCAGGAGAGCCAAAUCUUUGGCAGGAAUAAGAGAGAAAUACAAACAAGAGAAGUUCAAAUGCGUGGCAACUACACCAUCUCCUCGCAAGAUACCUACCUCUGUCUUUCUAUAG